AAGCCCAUCUUGCGCUUUUCCUGCUGUCUGGUAGGUAGCGGUGGGGUCAGGCUGUGGCGGGCUCAGCACGAAAAGCAACGGUGCAUUUUUUUUUUUUUUGACAUCCCCAAAACAUAAAAAAAAAAAAACAGGGCUUUUAAGCCGAAGCAACUUCUUAAAAUUCCACAAUGAGGGAAAUUGUACACAUCCAAGCCGGCCAGUGCGGAAAUCAAAUAGGGGCGAAGUUCUGGGAAGUGAUCAGUGAUGAACAUGGUAUUGACCCGACAGGUACCUACCAUGGUGAUAGUGACCUGCAGCUGGACAGAAUCAGUGUCUACUACAAUGAGGCCACAGGUGGUAAAUACGUUCCCAGAGCCAUCCUGGUCGAUCUGGAACCCGGAACCAUGGACUCUGUACGCUCAGGCCCCUUUGGACAGAUCUUCAGACCAGACAACUUUGUUUUCGGACAAAGUGGUGCUGGCAACAACUGGGCUAAGGGUCAUUACACAGAGGGAGCUGAGCUGGUAGACUCAGUCCUGGAUGUGGUGAGGAAAGAGGCAGAAAGCUGCGAUUGCCUGCAGGGCUUCCAGCUCACUCACUCCCUGGGAGGAGGCACCGGCUCCGGGAUGGGCACUCUGCUCAUCAGCAAGAUCCGAGAGGAGUACCCCGACCGCAUCAUGAACACGUUCAGCGUGGUACCCUCCCCUAAAGUCUCGGACACAGUCGUCGAGCCCUACAACGCCACCCUGUCCGUUCACCAGCUGGUGGAAAACACGGACGAGACCUACUGCAUCGACAACGAAGCUCUGUACGACAUCUGCUUCCGCACGCUCAAGCUCACCACCCCCACCUACGGAGAUCUCAACCACCUGGUCUCCGCCACCAUGAGCGGCGUCACCACCUGCCUGCGUUUCCCCGGCCAGCUGAAUGCAGAUCUGCGCAAGCUUGCGGUCAACAUGGUCCCCUUCCCUCGUCUGCAUUUCUUCAUGCCUGGGUUUGCCCCCCUCACCAGCAGGGGGAGCCAGCAGUACCGUGCCCUCACCGUCCCGGAGCUCACCCAGCAGGUGUUCGAUGCCAAGAACAUGAUGGCGGCCUGCGACCCGCGCCACGGGCGCUACCUAACCGUGGCGGCAGUGUUCCGUGGCCGCAUGUCCAUGAAGGAGGUGGAUGAGCAGAUGCUGAAUGUGCAGAACAAGAACAGCAGCUACUUCGUGGAGUGGAUCCCCAACAAUGUGAAGACAGCCGUCUGCGAUAUCCCUCCAAGAGGGCUCAAAAUGGCCGUCACCUUCAUCGGCAACAGCACGGCAAUCCAGGAGCUGUUCAAGCGCAUCUCCGAGCAGUUCACUGCCAUGUUCCGGCGCAAGGCUUUCCUGCAUUGGUACACCGGAGAGGGCAUGGAUGAGAUGGAAUUCACGGAGGCUGAGAGCAACAUGAACGACCUGGUGUCUGAAUACCAGCAGUACCAGGACGCCACCGCUGAAGAGGAAGGCGAGUUCGAAGAAGAGGCUGAGGAAGAUGCUUAGAGAGGGAGCGGGAUCCAUCCAAACCUCAGAACAGAGGGGGAGCAAAAAAAAAAGAAAGGCAGGCUGAACCAAGUGUGUUUUUGUUUUAUUUUUUUCACUGAGCUUUCACCAUUCCGAGUUGUAGAGUAGAAACCAAGACCGCCGACUGAAGUACUUAAAGUUGAAGGUAGAUACUAAAAAAAUCGUCUGGGUCUGUGCUCAAGCAUGUGAGAGCAGAUGCCUGGUUUCAUGUGUUUUUAUUAUACUCCCUAGUAUGGUUGGCCUGGCAAUGUCUGUUGUAAACCAAAAUCUAUUUCACACAGUAACGUUAAGAAAUCGCUUUUACUUGCGAUUUUAAGUGAUUACAGAUUAAGUGUUGAGACGAAGCCUGCAGACAGGUGGCUCAUUUCCAUAUUUCCAGUGCCCCCACAAAGCAAGCACCAAAAGAGGUUGGCAGUGUUCCAUGUGGAGUUGGUUCAGUCAGGUGGGAUCGUGGCUAGCGCUGGAAAACGCUUUGCCCCGAUCACCCAAUCCUGAGAACACAGAGCACAUCAAUGCGUUAUUUUACUUUUUAUUGAAAAGCAAAAAGAAUGGAGAAUGUUUUUUGGAAUCAGGCGAUUGCUCCCUGGUUGUGAAUGUUUCUGCUUCACUUUAUUCACAAACUUGGAGAUCUGAAAGUUUAA